AUGGGAUCCAAGGGUGUUUGGGCAGUAUGCAAGGGGCCUGGAGAUGCUUGUGCAAGAAGUGAAUUUAAGUAGCAUUGGUGCAAGAAGACUGAUAGGGAAGUGUGAGAGGGGUGAGUUAGUGACACUUGAGAGAUGUGCCCUGAAGGAACUGUCCCAGUGAGCCAGUUGCUUCCUAUCUCAGCGUGUGGCUGCUUCCCAGGAGGGGGAUAUAAGGAUUCCUGUCUCUGAGUCAUGGCAGACAGAAGAUUGGAGAAUUUCUGUGAACAAGCAUGUGAAUCACUCAGAAGGCAAGAGUAUGAAGCAGUGGUGUCUCUGUGUACUGAGGCUCUCCGGGCCCUCAGCCACUACAAAGCCGCUCACACCAAUGAACCCAACCAGACAGAACUCAGCCGGAUCCAGACUGAAAGCCUUCUGUACAGGAUUGCGUCCUUCCUGCAGCUGAAAAACUAUGAUCAAGCAGAUGAAGACUGCAGGCAUGUUCUGGGGCCAUGUCACACUCGGCUGGACAGCUCGGUUCAUGCAGUGCUGUGCUCUUUGCACCUGGAAGGGAAGCUGCAGGCUGUGUCAAGUGUUCUGUCCAAAUGCCUGACAGGGGAGAGUCUGAAUGGCUUGGUAAACAAGGAUCUGACUCAGCUGAAAACACUCUUGGCUGAAAUUGAGACUGUCAGUAACACGGUCCGGUCCAGUUACCAUGGAGAUGAUCUGGAAGAUGGAUCCCAUGAUGGAUGGCAGUUCCGCCCCCCUCCCCGGGGUGUCACAAGUAGUGAGGAGUAUACGUUAUGUAAGAGAUUCCUGGAGCAGGGGAUUUGCAGGUACGGAGCACAGUGCACUUCCGCGCACUCCCAGGAAGAGUUGGAGGAAUGGCAGAAACGCUAUGCCUCACGCCUCAUCCGACUCAAGCAGCAGAAGGAAAACACCCAGUUUUCUGGCAGCUACAUGGAAAGUUUAAUAGAAAAAUGGAUGAACUCAUUGUCACCAGAGAAAGUGCUCAAUGAGUGUGUGGAAGGAGUGCAUGUGGAAUACAGCCCCGACCUCUCUGUCACUGUCACCACCAAAAAGUCACAUCAAACAUGGACCUUCCUUCUCACUUGUAAGCCGGCACGACUCCUACAGCGGGUGGCGCUCCUAUACGACGCACACAGACCUCAUUUCAGUAUCGUUGCAGUAGCUGCUGGAGACAGCAACUCUCAUGUAUCCCAGGAAGUCCCAGAAAGUUGUCAGGAAUGGGUGGGAGAGAAGAUGGCACAGAAUGGGUUGGACCAUUGCAUAUACAAAGUAGCAAUAGCUUUUACCACCGGGAUCUUUGGAACAUUCCGUCAAACGGUUGUGUUCGACUUUGGUGCGGAGCCGGUUCUUAUGCAGAGAAUAAUGGUGGAUGCUGCAUCCACUGAAGACCUUGAAUACUUGAUGCAUGCUCGGCAGCAGCUACUAACAACAGCUAAGCGCUGGGACUCCAUGUCAAAGACCAUUGUAGAGUUUGAACCCAAUGAAACUACUGAAUUGGAUAGGAGCCUACUUAACCGAUACCAAAUCCCCCUCUCUGCUGAUCAGCUGUUUACACAGUCUGUCCUGGACAAAACCCUGACUAAGUGCAACUAUCAGUCUCGCUUACAUGACUUGCUCUACAUCGAGGAGAUUGCACAGUACAAGGAGGUUAGCAAGUUUAAUAUAAAGGUGCAGCUGCAGCUGGUAUCGAGCUUCAUGUUGACUGGUGUAACUGGAGGUGCAAAAUAUGCCCAGAAUGGACAGCUCUUUGGACGCUUUAAACUCACUGAGACACUUUCUGAAGAUACUUUGGCUGGGAGGCUGGUGAUGACCAAAGUGAACGCUGUGUAUUUGCUGCCUGUCACAAAGGAGAAAUCGGUUCAGAGCCAGGGCACCAAAGAGAAAGUUUAUGAGGCUGUUAUAGAGGAUAAAACCAAGGAGUUUAUCUUCCUGAGAAUAUGCAAGGACUGCUGUGAAGAGCUCAAGCUCAAACCUGAUCGGGAGAUGCAGGUUGAGCUUCAGUUCCAGCUGAACAGGCUUCCCCUAUGUGAAAUGCACUAUGCCUUGGACAGAGUCAAGGACAACAGUAUCAUGUUUCCAGAUCUGAGCAUGACUCCGCCCAUACCCUGGAGUCCCAACAGGCAGUGGGAUGAGUUGCUGGACCCCCGGCUAAAUGCGAAGCAGAAGGAAGCCAUCUUGGCCAUCACUACCCCUCUUUCUGUACAGCUUCCUCCUGUCCUCAUUAUCGGCCCAUAUGGGACUGGCAAAACCUUCACGCUGGCUCAGGCCGUAAAGCACAUACUCAAACAGCAAGAGACCAGGGUUCUUAUCUGCACCCAUUCCAACAGUGCUGCUGACCUCUACAUCAAGGAUUACUUGCAUCCUUACGUUGAAACAGGGAAUCCCCAAGCCAGACCACUCAGGGUAUAUUUCCGAAAUCGCUGGGUGAAGACCGUCCACCCGGUGGUGCACCAGUACUGUCUAAUAUCCAGCACGCAUUCCGUCUUUCAGAUGCCCCAGAAGGAGGAUAUACUGCAACACCGGGUUGUGGUGGUUACACUGAGCACGUCUCAGUAUCUAUGCCAGUUGGAUCUGGAACCUGGGUUUUUCACACAUAUCCUCUUAGACGAAGCGGCACAAGCCAUGGAGUGUGAGACCAUUAUGCCUCUUGCUUUGGCAAACAAAAGUACAAGGAUUGUCCUGGCUGGAGACCACAUGCAGCUCAGCCCAUUUGUCUACAGCGAGUUUGCCAGAGAGAGGAACCUGCACGUCUCAUUACUUGACCGCCUGUAUGAACUGUACCCUGUAGACUUUCCCUGUCGUAUUCUGCUAUGUGAGAAUUAUCGCUCACAUGAAGCCAUCAUAAACUACACCUCAGAGCUGUUCUACGAGGGAAAACUGAUGGCCAGUGGCAAGCAACCCUGCCACAAAGACUUCUACCCUCUAACCUUCUUCACAGCACGUGGGGAGGACGUACAAGAGAAGAACAGCACUGCUUUCUAUAAUAACGCUGAGGUCUUUGAAGUGGUGGAGCGUGUGGAAGAGUUACGGAGGAAAUGGCCCGUGGCCUGGGGCAAGUUGGAUGAGGGCAGCAUAGGAGUGGUAACACCGUACGCUGACCAAGUAUUUAGGAUACGUGCAGAACUACGGAAAAAACGUCUGUCGGAAAUCAGUGUGGAAAGAGUGUUGAAUGUUCAGGGAAAACAGUUCCGGGUCCUGUUCCUCAGCACAGUUCGAACACGACACACAUGCAAACACAAACAGACUCCAAUCAAGCGGAAGGAGCAGCUCCUGGAAGAUUCCACAGAAGAUUUGGAUUAUGGUUUCCUCUCCAAUUAUAAACUGCUCAACACCGCCAUUACCCGAGCCCAGUCCUUGGUGGCUGUGGUGGGCGAUCCCAUUGCUUUGUGCUCUAUUGGAAGGUGCAGGAAGUUUUGGGAGCAAUUUAUCACCAUUUGCCAUGAUAACAAAAGCCUUCAUGGCAUUACCUUCGAGCAGAUCAAAUCCCAGCUAGAGGCCUUAGAGCUGAAGAAAACCUACGUGCUCAACCCACUGGCUCCUGAAUUUAUUCCCCGUGCCCUCCGACAGCAGCACUCAGGAAACGCGUCCAAGCAGCAGCAGCAGUCACCCCCAAAGUGUAAGGGGCACCACAAUCAGAACGACCACUUUCCAGGAGAUGGACUAGUUCAGCCAAACCCCUCUGUUCUGAUUGGAAAUCCUAUCCAGGCCUACACGCCACCCCUGGGCCCACACUCCAACAUAGCAAAGUCUCCUAGCCCCGUGCAGAGAAUCGAUCCACACACCGGCACCAGUAUUCUUUAUGUGCCUGCAGUCUAUGGGGGAAACAUGGUCAUGUCUGUGCCUUUACCUGUACCAUGGCCUAGUUAUCAGGGCAGGCUUUCUGUCGACCCUCGGCUUAUGACACACCCAGCUAUGGCGUAUAACAUGAACCUCCUCCAGGCACAUGGCCGCGGCUCCCCCAUACCAUUUGGCCUCGGUCAUAAUUCUCCUGUCAAUGUUGGGCCCCCUCAGCAACCCCUUCAGUACCCGGACAAAGAUCAGCAUGAGCAGCAUCGUAAUGGUAAAAGCGAAAACAAUCAAGGAGCGGAUCUGAAUAAGAUUCGUACUCCAGAGAAAAAGCCUCCAGAAUCUAAGCAGGGUGACAUGGACCCAAAUGCACAGAGAAGUCCAGAUUCCAGAGGAAAUGCUACUUUUCUUAAUCCUAAAUUUCAUCGUAAAGAUAAUCCCAGUCAGAGACACCAGAAUGUUCACCUGGCCCCCCCACAGCCUCAGUUCCCUAUGCCAAAUCGGCACUACCAGCACCUCUCCCAGCUCCAGAGGCCACCAUUUUCCAUACAGCAGCAGAACAUGCUUACCCAGCAACAGAACCAUCUAUCUGAACUACAAAACCAAAUACCUCCACAACCGGGCCAGCUUGUCCCACAGCAUAACCAUUUAAAUCAGCAGCCGCCACAAGCCUCACAGCUUUCUCCUGCUUAUCCUCCUGGACCCAAUCAUUCAUUCUUUAAUAACCCUAUGCCUGCUCGGCCUCAUUCUCCAAGUGUGGAUGGAAUGAUGUCUGAACAGCCACCUCCUCCCAUGCUUCAAGAUGUCAACCCCCUUCGGUCUGUUCCCCAGCACAACCCACUGCUCUCAUCACAUAUGAACAAUUUUAUGGAAGAGAGCCCUCAAGGCAUUGGUGCUGGUGACACCCUGGAUCGCUUACAUGGCAACUUGGCCUUGGAAACAUUAAGGCAGCAGCAGACACGAAUACAGCAAUGGAAUGAACAUAGUGCUUUCCUCACUCAAGGCAACAUCCCCUACCCACACAACCCUCACCUGCAACAUCUUCCUCAGCAAGCAUUGGGGAUCACCCAACAGCAGCUAGUGCGACCAAACUGGAAGAUUCCCAGUGCUGAGGAGGAGUCAGAAGUGUCUUACUCCAGGUUUCAGGAGUUUUUACGAGAGCUGUCUCAUCACGAUCCCAGCGAAGGUAGAGACCUAUCAGAAAUGCCGCCCCCACAAUCCAGACUGUUACAGUACAGGCAGGUCCAGGCCAGAAGCCCACCAGCACUAUCAUCCCCUUCCUCUAGCCAUGGUGGCCAGUACCCGAACUACACUGAAAACAGCCGAGACAUGGAGAUGACCAACAACCCAGCAUUUGCCCAGCAUAUGACGCACAUGUAUCCUUUGCCACCUGGGCACACAACACCGCCACCCCUCAAAUACCUGCAGCACGAUGGAUCGUGGACCUAUGCUAGCCUUCAGCAGAAUCCCUUAAUGGGACAAGGAUUUCAUUAUGGCAUGUCCCCACUUCAACACAGACCCCCACAGAACCCUUUCAUGCACCAGUUACAAAACCAUCAGCAGCCAGCUGGUCAGGAAUCAUUUCAUCCACCUGCAUCUCGAGCAGUAUCCACCUCUUCACUCCACACCCUAGAAGAGUAUGAACCUAGAGGACCUGGGAGGCCGUUGUACCAAAGAAGAAUUUCUGCAAGCUCAGCACAUACUGGUUCUGAUGAUUUAGUGAUCUGCCAGGAGAGCCUUGGGCAACGUAAAGAUCUAGAUGAGCAGACUAACCAACCCCCAUUCAACUACUCCGCCCCAGAGAUGUGGAUCAGUGGCGCACCUUCUGGUCCCUACCAGAACAUUCCGUGCAAUGGAUCCAGCAGAAUAGCGCCACCCAGGGAUAUGUUAGUUGCUCCACCGAAAAUGGCGAAGCCUCCGGACGACCAGCUGAAGGCAGAGAACAUGCAGCUCCCCGCUUCCUUCAACUACAAUGUCCUGCAGCACCUCGGCCAGUUCCCGCCGCUCAUGCCCAACAAACAGAUUGCAGAGCCAAACGGCGCAGCAGCCAUGCAGCAAAGUGUCAGCGGGAACAAACCCACCAUGUCUUAUGCCAGCGCCCUGCGCGCUCCACCCAGACCCAAGCCCCCUCCAGAGCAGGCAAAAAAAAAUAGUGACCCUUUGUCUUUGUUUCAGGAACUAAGCCUAGGCAGUUCGUCAGGUAAUAACGGCUUUUAUUCCUAUUUUAAAUAAAUGCCUCCCCAACCCUUCUAUGGUUUUUAUAAUGCAACCCCCCCACACACAUUUUAUUUUAUUUUUUUGUAGAAAAAACUUUUUGUUUUAGCUUUUUGGUUGAUGUUGAUGAGUAAAAUAGGCUCAGCCUUACCUUUCAGCCACUUUUAUUUUCUUUUUGUAUGCGUGUGAAGAAACACAGAUGUAUGUAACUGUGCCAGUGCACAUACAGUUGGGCCCAUAAAUCUUAGGACAGAGACAAAUUUUUUUCUACUUUUGGUUCUGCACAUUACCACAGUGAAUUUUAAAUGAAACAACUCAGAUGCAGUUGAACUUUUAGCUUAAAUUUAGUGAGUUAAACAAAAAGAUUGCAUAAAAAUGUGAGGAACUAAAGCCUUUUUUAACACAAUCACUUCAUUUCAGGGCUCGAAGGUAAUUGGACAAAUUAAAAAACUGAAAAUAAAAUGUUCAUUUCUAAUACUUGGUUGAAAACCCUUUGCUGGCAAUGACAAAGUCUUGAACUCAUGGACAUCACCAGAUUCUGGGUUUUUUUAAGAUUUGAUAUCACGAAUGAUAUUACGAAGGAAUUGCCCACACCUGCCUAUGAAAUAGCGUUUGCGUUAAUUGUCCAAUUAUUUUGAGCCCCUGAAAUGAAGUGAUUGUGUUAAAAAAAAAAAAAAAAGGCUUUAGUUCAUCACAUUUUUAUGCAAUCAUUUUGUUCAACCCACUGAAUUAAAGCUGAAAGUCUGCAGUUCAACUGAGUUGUUUCAUUUAAAAUUCAUUGUGGUAAUGUACAGAACCAAAAUUAGAAAAAAAGUUGUCUCUCUGUCCAAAGAUUUAUGUGCCUGACUGUAUAUCCCCAAGGAGUGAAAAGAAUACACAUUUUUUGGAUGUGUAAUAUUUGGUGUCAUUAAGUCUUUGUAACCCUGCCCACUGCACCUAAUAGCUGCUUCACUCAGGUGCCCCACAGCCGGAUGUAUGAAAUAUACUGCCCCAGUUCAAUCACGUUCCCGAUCAUGCAGCGCCUGAGAGAAGAGUAGAGCUCUGGGUGGGGUCACAAUGCCCAUGUAGCAUAGGUAAGCAUGUGGAGGCACAUGCACUGCCAUACAUACAUACAUACAUACAUACAUACAUACAUAAAAACACGGAUGUGUAUUUAUAUGUGAGUAUACAUUUAAAUCAAAAGUUAAUAGCUUUGCUGCUAAAUUUGUGUCUCGUAAGAAACAAAAAUCAGUCUGCGAAUCGACAUGGGUUCACCCUUCGCUUUUAUGUGAAAGAACAAUUUUUAUUUCCUAAGUGUCAUAAAUCUUGCAUUACUUUUAGCUGCCUGGGAAUUACUCGCGCUCUGUAACAAAAAAGGAAAAAAAAAAAAAAACUUUAACAAAAAAAGAAGAAAAAAAGGCAGAUUUUUUUUUUCAGUUCUUUUAAAAAAUAAUAAAAUACAAAAAAAUAGUCGCCUUUAGAUUUGUUCAGUAACAUUGGCGUUGUAUCCUGGAUUUCUGUACCAGAAACAGCCCGUUAGUGCACAAAUUGCAUCUUUCUCUUGCUUUUAACAUUUUUCUGUGUUUUUUUUCAUUUACUUUUAUUUUAAAUGGCAAUUUCUUUUUAUUGUCUUUGCUUUCUGUGAUUGACUGCUGCCCUUAACCAUCUCUUCUCCAGAGUUUAUAUGGCAGGGGGCUAAACGACGGACUAAUUUUAUUGGGCAAUAAAUCAAGUCUGCCGCAAUUACUGAAAAGAAAAGUUUUUAAAGUGCCGCUGUAUUGUAAAAUGAAAAAAAAAAACAAAUCAAAAACAUUUUAACCCAAAAAGUGCCCAACUCAAAGUCACCCUUUCCCUCUUUUAUAAUUUUGUGCAUCAGGGUACAAAGCAGAAAGGAAGGAAAGUUGUCUCGGAGAUCAUUUUUAUAUGACUCCAUUUGGUUAUAUAGUGUAUAAUCCAUUUCCCAAAUCAAGAGAGAAAGGAGCAAAGCAGGUGAUGUCACUUUAAGUUUAAAGGGAAAGAAAGCAUAGACAUGAGUUGGGUAUAGUUACCCGCUGCUAAAACCUCUGAAUGCAGUACUCACACACACGACACUGCUUUAACUACAUAAACAGGUCUCCUUGUUAUCAAUGUGCAAAAGGAAAGUAAAACAAAUCUAUAUAUAAAUAUUAUAUAUAUAUUAGAAGAAAUUAAAAUAAAACAAUAUACUUUUAAAUGGACAAAAAAAAAAUCCGUUCGACUUUUUAUUUUAGACAAGCGUGCAAAAAUGGCUUGUAAAUGUUAAUUUCUUAGGUUUGGUUUUUAUUUGAAAUCAUGGAAAGCCGAAAAAUCCAUUUCUAGGUCUGUUGGUGCUGAGUAGAAUUUAAUGACUAUUUUAAAAGGAAAGAAGUGUGUGAAUUUAGUAAAGAUCCUGUUUCUUUUCACUAUGCAUGUGUCAAUGUUUGUAUCCGGCUUUUAUGUCUCUUCCCCUUCAGUGGUUUUGGGAAAAAAAAAAGAAAAAUAACAAUUGUGCCGCUUCCAUUUUUUUUUCUUAUUUUUUUUUCUGGUUUUAAAAAAACAAAAACAAGAAAAAAACAAUUUUGGUACAUUAUUUGAUGUUUACAUUAAAAUGUGACAUUCAGAAAACCAAA